AUGACACCCAAACAACAACGCGACCCCAAGAAUGUGCAGGCUUGGUUGAUUGGAAGCGGCGUGGCAUCCCUCGCAGCCGCGGUCCAUUUAGUCGACAAAGCCAAAGUGCCCCCACGGCAAGUACAUAUCUUGGAUGUGCACCAUGCGUCUGGUGGAGCAAUGGAGGUUUCUGGUAAUUCGGAAGAUGGAUAUAUUUACCACACAGGCGCGCAGCCGUAUUUCCAAGAAGAGUGUGUCCGAGAUCUUCUUAGCAUGGUGCCUAGUCCAGGGCGAACUAAUACAACGCUGUGGGAAGCCAUCAAGGAGCGCGAGCUGUACACAAGGCCAAUCAAUGAGGCUCACACACGUGUGAUCAGAGUAAACAAGGAGGGAUUGCGUACUGUGGACACGCAUAAACUCCCGAUCGGCGUCAAGCUGCGGAUGAAUCUAAUUAUGUUUGUUUUGGACCAUGAAAGAAUGUUUGAUGGAAAGAAAAUCCGUGAUGUAUUUGAUUCUACAUUUUUCGACUCGGACUUCUGGACUUUGUGGUCAUCCAGGUUUCUGCUUCAACAGUGGCAUAGCGCAGCUGAAUUCCAUCGGUUGCUCACGAAAUGGCUCCCUGAAAUGCAUACUCAUAAUGAUGUGCGAGGGCUGGAAAGAACCCCCUUCAAUAUUUACGAGUCGUUACUCACUCCCAUCGCUACAUACUUAAAGGAGCAAGGGGUUGACUUUCGAUUCAAUGUGAUGGUCACAGACCUUAAGUCAUACCCCUCAAGCGAUCCCACAACAAUCUCCGAAAUUGUACUACAGGAGGACGGGCAUGAGCUGCUGGUCACAGUCGAUCCCAUCGAUAUUGUUAUUGUCACCCUGGGCUCAGUAUCUUCGGGGAUACAGACUGGAUCUAACUCAACUCCUCCGCACGUACCGUCCGCUGCUCUCGGUGGCUUAGAACAAGGAGAAUGGGCACUAUGGCAGAAGCUUGAGAGACAGUCGACUAAAUUUGGCAAUCCUUCCAGUUUUUCUUCUCGUUACGAAGAGUCUCAGAUUGAAACUUUUACCGUCACCUUACGCAAUUCCGACUUUAUGCAACACUACGCAAAGUUAACAGGAGAUAAGCCGGGUACAGGUGCCUUGCUUACCGUGAUGGAGAGUCCUUGGGGUCUGAACAUUAGUGUUCCUCACCAGCCAGUCUUCGCUACACAGCCUAAGGCUGUUCAAGUCAUCUGGGGAUACGCUUUACACCCGGAAGAGAAAGGAAAAUACGUCGAAAAGCCAAUGGUGUCCUGCUCCGGUGAAGAGAUUUUCCGUGAGGUUCUCUCCCAUUUAGGGUUUCCUACUAAUUCUUUACUUUCGUCAUCAACCACCAUUCCUUGCAUUAUGCCGUUAGGGACGUCGAUGCUAUUAUCUCGUACGCACUGUGAUCGUCCACGGGUAAUUCCUCACGAAACCACAAAUGUGGGCCUCAUUGGUCAAUACGUUGAAAUUCCUGAUGAUGCAUCUGGCAGCUUGGAAUACAGCGUCCGAGGAGCCCAGAUGGCAGUGUCCACUUUGAUGAGUCUGCCACACGGGCCUCCCAAGUUUCGUAAAAACAAACUUUUGGAGGUGUUUGAACUGUUGCUGUAA